CGAGUUUGGAGGUUGACUGUUUUAUCGGUGAAUCCUUCCUUUCUCUACCCACAAAAAAAAAUCAUCAAAUUAUCGGUUUCUUCCAUUUUUGAAAUUUGUAAAAAUUACAGAAUUUCAAAAACCAGUGGGUGUGAUCUUUCCUGUCACCACGGUGCACUUAGUUUUGCCAAGCAGAUUUAGAAAGUGAGACCGGAGAUGAGAAUGGCGGACGAUAAAAACGUGGAUAUCACCCAAAAAGGUCUUUUCACGAUUGGAAGUCAUAUUAAGUGCAGAUUUCAAGGGGAUGACGUGGACGGACAUGUUGUCGCAUUUCAGGCCACGGAUAGGAUGCUGAUGAUACGUUCGCCAUCAUCCUGUGGUAAAAGUACAAGUGGCAACUUUAUUUUAAUUAAUGCUGAUUGCGUUGAGAAAAUCAGUGUGGAGGAAUUGAGCCCAACGGAGAGUUUAAAACCUGUUGAUUUUCAUAAGCUGGAGAAACGUCGCCAAAAAGUAUCGCAGUCCAAACGAGCGAGGAUACGAGCCCUGUCUGCUGGAGUUCCUUCGGAAGCAAGGAAGUUAUUUCUGUCCAUUAUUAAAACGAUAGACGAGGUCGCGUGGGACGGAGAGAAGAUUCUCGUACUGAAUGAAGUCCGUAUUUCCCCACCGUAUAAAGUAGACAAUGUCCAAGGGGACAAGGAGGCGUCGGUCACCCAUGUAAGAAAAAUGGUGGAUAAAUAUUGGAAAGAACAACAGACCACCAACUCAAAUUCGUAAUUUCAACGAAACCAAUUAUUUUGUGCUCUCAGUUUAUUGUGUAUCAGUUCCAAGAUUUUAGUCGUUGGAUAUAUAUUUCCAGUAUAUUUGGUUGCCUAUCCCCGCCCGCCUUCUUUGUUAGGUUUAAUCGUACUUUUCAAAAAUAAAUACAAGUUUAUCGAAUUGAAAAUAAGUUUUAAUUCUCGUUCCCCCAAAAAUAUUCAUACUUUCUCCGAAUCCGAUAUUGAUAUCCGAGUAAGUUUUAUACGAUAAAACCUGGUUUAAAAGUGCACACACCUUGUGAUUAGUUAAGAAAGCGUAGUUUAAUUAUUUUUCAUUUAAAAAUUAGAAUGUAUGCAUUAUCUAGAAAAAUAAAGAAUUUGACGCUAAAAUUGA